CUGGUCAAAAGUAGUGCACUAUAUAGGGAAUAGGUUACAUUUGGGCUGCAGACGUUACCUGAACAUGUAGAAUAUUCUGUGGCUAUAAUAUUGCUAGUAUUAUUGAUCUGUAAAUGUAUCUCUAUGUUAUUGUCAUUCUACAUGACCUGUACUACUGACUCUAGGUGCCCCUGGGCAGAACGGGGGGGAGGAGGGAUGGAGGGGAGGAGGGAUGGAGGGGAGGAGGAGUGAUAGUGGAAGUGGGGGAAGUGUUUGAGAUGUUCUAGAAGUGAAAGACAUUUUGGAAUCUUUCUGUCCCUCACCUCUUCCUCUCCUCCCCCUUCCUCACCUCUCCUCCACCGCUGACGCUUGCUGCCUCCCUCUUCCUCACCUCUCCUUCCUCUUCCUCACCUCUCCUCCCCCUUCCUCACCUCUCCUUCACCGCUGAUGCUUGCUGCCUCCCUCUUCCUCACCUCUCCUCCCCCUUCCUCACCUCUCCUUCACAGCUGACGCUUGCUGCCUCCCUCUCCUCCUUCUUUCUCACCUCUCCUCCCCCUUCCUCACCUCUCCUCCACCGCUGACGCUUGCUGCCUCCCUCUUCCUCACCUCUCCUCCCCCUUCCUCACCUCUCCUUCACCGCUGAUGCUUGCUGCCUCCCUCUUCCUCACCUCUCCUCCCCCUUCCUCACCUCUCCUUCACAGCUGACGCUUGCUGCCUCCCUCUCCUCCUUCUUUCUCACCUCUCCUCCCCCUUCCUCACCUCUCCUCCACCGCUGACGCUUGCUGCCUCCCUCUUCCUCACCUCUCCUCCCCCUUCCUCACCUCUCCUCCACCGCUGACGCAUGCUGCGUCCCUCUCCUCCCCCUUCCUCACCUCUCCUCCACCGCUGACGCUUGCUGCCUCCCUCUUCCUCACCUCUCCUUCCUCUUCCUCACCUCUCCUCCCCCUUCCUCACCUCUCCUUCACCGCUGAUGCUUGCUGCCUCCCUCUUCCUCACCUCUCCUCCCCCUUCCUCACCUCUCCUUCACAGCUGACGCUUGCUGCCUCCCUCUCCUCCUUCUUUCUCACCUCUCCUCCCCCUUCCUCACCUCUCCUCCACCGCUGACGCUUGCUGCCUCCCUCUUCCUCACCUCUCCUCCCCCUUCCUCACCUCUCCUCCACCGCUGACGCUUGCUGCCUGUCCAUCUUGGUUUAAUGUCCCCCUGAAUGUGUAUAUUCACCAUCAUUGUUUAUUUUAACAUUCUAAUAACACUUCUAAUAAAAAACGAAGAAGAAACGUACCUUAUUUUUUUGUGGUAAUUGAUAGUCAGGUUGGGAGGGGUACAACUCUUUUAGUAGUGAGGGUGAAUUUGUAAGUUUUUUUCAAUGUUCUGUGUUGAAUGCUCUGUGUUUUAUGAAUGGUUCACAGGACCAUUGCUCGGGUACUAUAGGGGAGAAGAUCACUUUGUUAAAGUUCCAGGGUGCUUUGAGACCCGAAAAGUUGUCUUUAUAUUAUCACAAUUUAUAUCUAUUUCUGUACAUCGGAACAUUAGUUUGGGCAUAAAAUAAUUGUUUGAUUUGAUCAGUGUGUUUACAAUGAUCGUAUUAGUAAUCUGGUCUAUAUUGCUCUGGGGAACAGCCCAGUAUGUGUAACACACUUGUCCUGAUGAGAAUACGUUUUUAAAAAGUAGUUUUAAAGUGAUUCCACUUUUAUCACCCUGUUUUUCUUCCUCUUUUUAAAUAGUUUAUCGUUUCAAUCAGGGUUCUCAAUCCUGGUCCUGGGGACCCCAACGGGGACACAUUUCAGUGUUUGCUGAUUUUAAAAUGAUCAACUGAUCAUCGAGCUUGGAUGAUUUGAAUCAGGUGUGUAGUGCUAGAGCAAUAACAGAAAUGUGUACCUCUUUGGGUCCCCAGGACCAGGAUUGAGAACCACUGUAUUAGCUAGCUAGGUGACUCUACUAUGUUCUAGAACACGGCCAGAGGAUUCUACUGUAGAACACUAGAAGUUCUAGAACACGGCCAGAGAAUUCUACUGUAGAACACUAGAAGUUCUAGAACACGGCCAGAGAAUUCUACUGUAGAACACUAGAAGUUCUAGAACACGGCCAGUGGUUCUAUGUAAAACGUGCUGAAGAGUUCCAUUGACUUUGUGUGCAUGUAUCAAAUAAGAUCUAAAUGAAACAUAAAGACCGGGCCAGAAGGUUGCUCUUGGCUCGCUAACACUGAUAGCCAAUUUCCUACCCGGGAGACUCAGCUUGGGGGCUUAUUCAGUUUAGCCUAGAGGGCUAGCUUCACAUUUCUCUCCACACACUGAAGACCGUGUGGCAACUCUUCUCCCUUUCCUCCCCUCAGGCCUUCUUUAAGGCUGUCGACUGCCGUCCUGUCUUAUACAUCCGCCCUUCUCUCCCUCCACCCUUCUCUCCCUCAUCCCUCUACCCUUCUCUCCAUCCACCCUUCUCUCCCUCCAUCCUUCUCUCCCUCCAUCCCUCCACCCUUCUCUCUCUCCACCCUUCUCUCUCUCAUCCCUCCACCCUUCUCUCCCUCCAUCCCUCCAUCCUUCUCCCUCCAUCUCUCCAUCCCUCCAUCCUUCUCCCUCCAUCUCUCCAUCCCUCCAUCCUUCUCUCUCUAUCCCUCCAUCCCUCCACCCUUCUCUCCCUCCACCCUUCUCUCCCUCCACCCUUCUCUCCCUCCACCCUUCUCUCCAUCUCUCCACCCUUCUCUCUCUCCAUCCCUCCACCCCUUCAUCCCUCCACCCUUCUCCCCACUUUAAGAGUUUCUCUCUGAGCUCCAAGUCACUUGAGAGAGAGAGAGAGAUACUAUAGGAUUCAUCCCAAAUGACACCCUUCUCUCUAUAUAGUGCACUACGUUUGACCAGGGUCCAUAUGGCUCUAGUCUAAAGUAGUGCCCUACGUAGGGCAUAGGGUGCCAUUUGGGGCUCAGAGUUUGUUGACAGUGAAUGUAGAAAUGACUGAUUGUAUCAUAGUAUUAUUCUCUCUGACAUCAUGAUGCCAUCAUGUUUAUCUGGAUGAAAUAAUAUUAAGUGUAUCACUGUAAAUUCAAUAAAUACAGCAUUUUGGCUAAAAUAUCA